GCUUCGUGCCGCCUCCUUAGCAACUUCACCAACAUUUCCGUACAUGUCUAGGCCAGCUAGUUCACCGGCGGUCCGCUCUGUACGGCUGUACCCACCUUCCUCCCCUUCCUCUCCCGCCGUUCACUUCCUCCUUUCACUUUCUUCUUCACCGGCUGACUCUAUCCCUCUUUCGCUCUCAGCUGCACUUCGUCGUCGUCGUUGUUCCAAGCCUACCCGCUGCUGCUCUUCUGCUUCACCGCUUCAACGCAUGGAUGUCGUCGCCAAGAUGCUUCUCUGGUUCGUCCACUUGUUCAAAUUCGAGCUUCUCCUUCCCCGGGGACUUAUUUGACAGUUUUUCCAUUGAUUGAUUUAAUGAUCUUG